AUGGAAGGUGGUCAGCCGGUCGCUGAAGUUCGUUCAUAUUCACCUAAUAAAUGUGGCGAAGUGGUUAACGGCAGUAUGCACUCAAGUUCAACGUCGGACUCAGACUACGAAUACCGCAAGAGGAAUAGCUAUUGUCUUAGUUGUCAAAGAAGACCUAAAGCAUCAUUGAAAUUUAUAUUAACUAUAUGGUACUCUCCAGAGACUAGUUCGGCUAUAGCCGAAGCAAUGUCAUCUACCUAUACGGAGGUACAAUUACAAGAAAUAGUCUCCAGUUCAACCAAAGAUAUUUUACAGUUAGCUGAGAAACAUUUUGCUGAUCUCAGAAUAUAA